AUGGAAGGGGCAGGCGGGAAGCCCACGGCUGUUGUUGCAGUUGUGACUGAGCCUCGAUUUACCCAGCAAUACAGGAAAUAUCUCGAGAAGCAGAAACUCCUGGAUCGACAACACCGUGUGAAAAAGCUGCGGGAUGGCACCGUGGCGCUACCGGUUCUGAGAGAGGUCCUCCUUGAGCAGCAUCUGCGGGAGCUGAGGAAUCGUGUGGCUCCAGGCAGCACCUGUGUGCUGACGCAGCUCCUGGAUCCUGUUCCUUCAAAGAAGGCCCAGAGUUACUCACCUGCCCAAAGGCUGUGUCUUGAGGUGAGUCGCUGGGUAGAGGGCCGUGGAGUGACGUGGUCGGCCGAGUUGGAGGCUGACCUGCCCCGAUCUUGGCAACGACACGGUGACCUCUUGUUGCUGAGUGAGGACUGUUUCCAAGCCAAGCAAUGGAGACAUCUGGAACCGGAACUCUGGGAGACGGUUGCCUCGGCACUUGGCGUCCAGCGUUUGGCCAAACGAGGGCGGGUGUCCCCGGAUAGCACUCGGACUCCAGCAGUGAGGAUGCUGCUGGGCGACCACGGCUGGGUAGAGCAUGUGGAUAAUGGGAUUCGGUAUAAGUUUGACGUGACCCAGUGCAUGUUCUCCUUCGGAAACAUCACUGAGAAGCUUCGUGUGGCGUCGCUGCCCUGCGCCGGAGAAGUGCUGGUGGAUCUCUAUGCGGGGAUUGGUUAUUUUACCUUGCCUUUCCUAGUUCAUGCCGAGGCUGCUUUCGUCCAUGCUUGUGAGUGGAAUCCCCAUGCGGUAGUUGCUCUGAGAAAUAACCUUGACCUCAAUGGAGUAGCUGAUCGAUGCCAAAUACACUUUGGGGAUAACAGAAAACUGAAGCUAUCAAACGUUGCGGACCGGGUGAAUCUGGGGCUGAUUCCCAGCUCUGAAGAAGGCUGGCCCAUUGCCUGCCGAGUGCUAAAACAGGAUGCUGGAGGCAUUUUGCAUAUUCACCAAAAUGUGGAGUCUUUCCCAGGGAAGACUCUCCAGCCUCCUGGAAGCAGCGAGAUGGAAGAGCAUUGGCCUUCUCCUCAGCAGAUUAUCAGCACCCAGUUGAAAAAUGGAGCUCCCAGUGAUUCUAGGAGGAAAACACUGUCAGUGGCCACCAAGCCAGAGUGGCAGAGGUGGGCCGAAGCUGCAGAGACUCGAAUUGCCACUCUUCUUCAUCAGGUGCAUCGAAAACCGUGGAAGACACAAAUCUUGCACAUCCAACCAGUGAAAUCCUAUGCUCCCCACGUGGAUCACAUAGUCCUGGAUUUGGAAUGCCGCCCCUGUCCUCUAGUUGACUAG